AUGCCUCUAGACACAAUAUACCUCACCCGCCAUGGCCACCGUCUCAACUGGACAAUCGACUACAAAACCGGCACCUACCACGCCCAAUUUCCUACGCCAACCGGUAACCCAGCGGACCCAACCCUGACCUCUCACGGCGUGCUCCAAUCCCACGAACUGGCCGCCCAUUUCACCAGCGACAAUGUAUCCCCCAAGCCGUUCCGCAUCUACAGCAGUCCAUUCUACCGAUGUCUGCAGACGAUCCAACCCACAGUCGAGGCAUUGAAGCAGCAGCAGCAGCAGGCAUCUACCACCCCAUCUACUAACAAUGAGCCCCCCGCAAUCGACACCCACGCCGACUUGACCGUCCGCACUGAACCAGGCCUGGGAAUGGUUCGGCCCAACAACCUUCUUCACCACCCAGCCCCCGCACCCGCCUCAAUCCUCUCUUCCCACUUCCCCACCAUCCUCCCAUCCUCAUCCAGUGAACAAACCACCUACACCCCCAUCCUCCACCCCUCCACCCGCGGCGAAACCAUCGCCCAACUCCACGACCGCGUCGCAACCACCCUCUCGGCCCUCAUCAUCUCCGUAGACGAGGAAAUCUCAGCCAUCGAGGCCUCCCUCCCUCCCUCGCAACGAACCAGCAAAGCAAUCCUGAUCUGCUCGCAUGCUGCGCCGCUGAUUGCUAUGGGAAGGGCCUUGACGGGGGAUAUGCCCGCUGAUUCUUCGGUCGAGGAUUUCAAGGUUUAUACGGCGGGGGUUAGUACAUUCAGACGUAGGAGGGCAGGGGAGGGUAAUAGGGAAGGGGAAGGGGAUGGUGGAGAGGGUGGUGGUCUUGCGCCGGGAACGGAGGUAGUUAGAGGUGAUGAUGGAGGGGUGAAAGUUCCUGAUUGGAAAGGGGGGAAGGGGGUUGCUGGGGGGUGGGAGUGUGUGAGUAAUGGGGAUUGUGCGUUUUUGAGUGGUGGGGCGGAGAGGGGAUGGCACUUCGAUGGCGACGAGUCGUUUGAUACGGGCCCCAUGGCUGGUCCGUCGGCUACCCCGACUUCUAGUGUAGAUUCAUCGGCUGAGACUGAUUUGGGGGGCAGUAAGUUAUAG